CCAUAAAUUACAUUGUUUUUCUAUUAAUGCCACUGUUAUCAAAAAAGCUGAUGACGUCAUCGCUGUAUGUGUCAAUAGUUAUUUGUCGAGUCGUCAAAUAUCCCUAUAAUACCGAGAGCCGACGUUAUCAUACUGUUUUGUAAACAAUUAUCCAACAUAUUAUUUAAAAUGAGUGGAAAUAAAAUAAUAGCCGAUAUUUUUAUACCAUUCCAAGAGUCUAUUAAUGAAGAACAAGAAGUUCGCGAGGAAAUUCGACAAAUCAUGAAAGAAAUUGAAAAACCAUUCAGAGAAAUUAUUACAGUUCUCCAAGUUAUCCACCAAGAUACUAAUCUUGAAGAAAGUAUAUAUUUUGUAUCAAAUUUUUGUACUAAUUACAUAAACUGGUAUAUUUCAGCUCAUAAGGCAUGUUUAAGGGCCCGAGAGUUAUUUCAGGAAGUGAGAAAUGGCUAUGAUCAACUAGACAAAAUUAUACCUACUGGCCAAUAUUAUCGAUAUAAUGACCAUUGGAGGAAUGUUACACAGCGUUUAUCAUUUCUGGCUGCUCUAAUUGUUUUUCUUGAGAAAGGCAUAUUGAUAGAUAAAGAAGUUACUGCCGAAAUAUUAGGAGUUAAUGGUAAAAAAAAUAUUACUUUUGAUUUAGAAGAUUAUUUAAUGGGACUACUGAAUCUCGUCACUGAAUUGGCAAGAUAUGCAGUAAAUUCAGUUACUUGUAAAGACUACAGUAAACCUUUACAAAUAUCCAAGUUUGUGGCAGAACUCAAUGCAUCAUUUCGUUUGUUGAACUUAAAAAACGAUUCUUUAAGAAAAAGAUUUGAUGCUAUGAAAUAUGACAUAAAGAAAAUUGAAGAAGUAGUUUAUGAUUUAUCAAUCAGAGGUUUGACUCCAAAUGUGAAUGAAUGAAAUAGCAAUAACAUCUCCAAUAUUAAAUAAGUAAUAUUAUAACACAUUUAUUUAUUUAAUUUGAUUGUUAUUAAUUAAAAAAUCUUUAAAAUA